AUGACAUGGGUAUCCCUUAUAAAUUUCGAACACAAGGUGUUUGCUGAAUUUAAGAAAUUCAGAAUCAAAUCUGAGAAUCAUAGUGGUCAGAAGCUGAAAAUUUUCAGAACUGAUGGUAGAGGUGAGUAUAACUCUACAGAGUUUAGAAAGUUCUGCGAGGAGAAUGGAAUUGAGCAUGAGGUAACUACUUCAUACAUUCCUCAACAUGAUGGUCUUGCUGAAAGAAGAAACCGAACUUUGCUUGAUUUGAUAAGGAGUAUGGUGAAGGAGAAGAAGCUACCUCACACCUUAUGGGGAGAAGUUGUUGCCACUACAGCAUAUGUGCUCAACGGGUGUCCAACGAAGAAGCUAAAGGAAAUUGUUCCUUUAGAUAAGUGGACUAGAGAUAAGCAAGAAUCUGAAGGUUCUAAAGAUGAUUCAGAAACAGAAGAUGAUUCUGACGGUAACUCUGACUCUGAAGACGAGUCAGACUCUGAAGGUGAAUAUGAUUCUGAUCCAGAUUCUGAUGGUGAUUCAAACUCAGGUGGAAAUCCAGACUCUCGGAAUAUUCUAGACUCUGAAGGUGGUCAUACCUCUGAAGGUGGUACUUAUGGGGUUCUAGCAUCUGAUAUUGUUCUAGCGUCCGAAGAAGAUUCUGAACAAGUUCAAAGGCCACAAAGAAUCAUAAACAUUCCAAGAAGAUUUAUAGAGCUUGGCAUGCUGCAAGAUACUAUAAUAGACUCUGAAAGAGAAGUCAUUCAGUGUUCCAUAUUAGUAGACUCUGAACUAGUUAGUAUUGAAGAAAUGCUCAAGAAGAAAGUUUGGCUGAAGGCCAUGAAAUAA